AUGGCGAAACGAAAGCGAUCGUCUGCGACCGAUGUCGCAAUUCUUUCGCAAUCAACCACUACAGAUAUACCACUGAAAUCAGAACAUUCUGGAGCUGUGCAGAGAGCGAGCAGGCGGCAAUCUCAGCCCAAGCCAGCCAAGAUCGAUGCGAAUCCAGACACUAACAGUAAAGUCCUCGACGGUCCAGAAGCCCUGCGAGCCUCGCCGGAUGCACACAGCGAAAGUGAAAAGUUCAGAGAGGAUAAAAUCGCAGGCCAAAGAACAAAGGAAGACAAGACAACCCCUGCCACACCGAAAGCUGUCAAGCGGAAGGAAUCCUCGGAUUCCUCUCUUUCGGAGCUUUCUGAUGUCCUGGAAAUCCCUGCCAGCCACUCCAAGACCAAAAUAAAUACAGCCAAGAUUCCACCUAGCUUUUUGGAUCCGGAAGCAGAUGCAGACGAUCUCGAUGCCGAUCCAGAAGAACUCUCUGCUGCACUUUCUCGCCCUCCGCCCGUCAAUUCCUCUUAUUUACCUUUACCCUGGAAGGGCCGAUUAGGCUAUGCUUGCUUGAACACAUACCUUCGAAAUACCAAUCCACCAGUCUUCUCAUCACGAACAUGUCGUAUUGCCUCGAUCUUAGAAAAUCGGCAUCCUUUGAAAGACCCUAGUCAACCAGCGCAUGCAACAAAGAAUCGGCCGGAUAGGGAGCAGCCCGCGGACAUCAAACGAGGCCAAGCCUUCGUUGAAGGAUUAGGCCUGGCAAAUGCGCGAGAUAUUCCCACAAUGCUGCGCUGGAAUGAUAAGUAUGGGAUCAAGUUUCUUCGAUUGUCUUCAGAGAUGUUCCCAUUCGCGUCGCAUGAUGUCUACGGCUACAAACUAGCUCCUUUUGCAUCCGAAGCUCUAGCAGAGGCUGGUCGUGUUGCAGCCGAGCUUGGUCACAGAUUGACUACACACCCUGGACAGUUCACACAACUCGGCUCACCACGGAAAGAAGUAAUUGACGCCGCAGUCCGUGAUCUCGACUACCAUGCCGAGCUCUUGUCUCUCCUUAAAUUGCCCGAUCAGCUCAACAGAGACGCCGUUAUGAUUCUCCAUAUGGGGGGGAUUUUCGGCGACAAAGCUGCGACUCUCGAUCGCUUUCGCAGAAACUACGCCAAACUAGAUCAGAACAUCAAGAAUCGGCUCGUGCUCGAAAACGACGACGUCUGCUACUCUGUGCACGACCUACUUCCUCUUUGUGAAGAACUCAAUAUACCCUUAGUUCUCGACUUCCACCAUCACAACAUCAUAUUCGACAAGGACAAGAUCCGCGAGGGUACCCUCGAUAUCAUGGAUCUUUACCCGCGCAUAAAAGCCACUUGGACACGAAAAGGAAUAACGCAGAAGAUGCACUACAGCGAGCCCACACCAGGAGCCAUUACCGGCAGGCAAAGACGAAAGCACAACCCACGGGUCGCAACGCUUCCGCCUUGCGCGCCGGAUAUGGACCUCAUGAUCGAAGCGAAAGACAAAGAACAAGCGGUAUUUGAGUUAAUGCGCACGUUCAAGCUGCCGGGAUUUGACACCUUCAAUGACAUCACACCGUACACCCGAGACGAUGAGAACCGGCCAUGGAAGCCGCCAGCGAAGAAGAAGACACCCAAAAAGAGCAAGAAGAGCAAGAAGGCGCCGGAGGGGGAUGAAGGCAUGCUGGCAGACGAAGAGUGUGAGCCUCAGCCUCCGGCGAUUGUUCCAGACGAAGAAGUGGGCAUGGGUGGACCACUCGGGCGUGUCUACUGGCCCGUAGGCAUGGAAGAAUGGCUGCGGCCAAAGAAGAGGGAGAUCAAGAAGAAGCCGGACAAGAUUGCAACGCCAGCAAAGAACAAGAAGGCCGCCGUCAAAAGCGCUGCCGAAGACGCGUCUAACGAGCCAAUGAUCAAGGAGGAAGAAGCUAGCGAAAAAUCUUCCUCCACAAAAGCGAAAGCGAAAGCGAAAGCAACAUCAGCCAAAACCGCACCUGUCGCGCCAUCAGCAAAGAAAAUCAAGAAAGCAACCAAUUCCGUGCCGACGCCGUCGACGAGCGAUGUCGAAGACGACGCACCUGAUGUCGACAUGCCGGACCUGAGCGAUGCCUCGGCGGCGGCCACCCCAGCAGCAGCAGCAGCAGCAGCAGCAGCAGCGCAGAGUCAGAAGGGGAAAGCUGUACCUGCUGCAUUGGCCAGGAGGCAGAGUGGGAGGAGGGGCGCGAAGAAGGCGGUGGUGAAUUACGCCGAGGACGAUGGCGGGACACCAACAGCACCCUCUCCCUCCACAUCAACGCCCUCGCGGACAUUCCAGCGUUGGGCCCUGACGCUCUCCAAGCCCAGCCGGGCCGCUCACCCGCAGCAGGUUCUGCGCGCCCAGCGCGUUGUGCGCGAAGCGCAAGUUGAACUUGACCACCUUCUUCAUGGCGUUGGAGGUGUCGACGCCCAUGCCGAGGGGCUCAGUGGCAAGGAGAAGGUGACGCCUUCGGGGCAGGGCGGCGUGGUCGGCGAGCUGGUGUAG